AUGUCAGCCAAAAUAUCUAUCGCUGAUAAACAACAGCCAUGGAGACCUGUCAAUAAAAAAUCCUUGGAUGAAAGCACUACAUUCACUUCACUUCAUACUGGACCAGAUCCAUUACUGAUAUUGGCACGGUCGUCGCGUCCAUCAGUAUCUAGUGUAGUAAAUACUUUACAGGAGGAGCUUUUCGAUGUUCUGCAUGCCAAGUCAUCAUUAAGCACUCGUGCUCAUAAUAAAUAUCAUGUAUCUGCUGGAACGCAAAGGAUAACUAAACCCCGCAUUUCACUCAAACCACAUUGCUCUGCUUCUUACUUUCUUCAAAUUACAUCAACCUGGGACAAAGGAAACCGCUCAGUCCGUGAAAAAAUACUGAGAGAAUUUGUUGCCAGCAAUGACAAUAAAAUUGGUCCACAAAUUGAAAAGGAAUUUGGAAACGGAGCAAGUUUAUUUUUGACUCGCAUUUCAGCAUGGCUUCGAUUAACGCAAAGAGACAAGGCAGAAGCACUUCGGCUCAUACAGUGUGUCGCAAACAGUGGUCGUAAAUAUAAGGAAUUUAUUUGCGAAAGUUUUGGUGUUCGCCAAGUAACAGAGUGCCUGUCAAAAUCACGCUCAGAAAUCACCCAAGACUAUGCUCGCAAUCUAUUGACAGAACUUGGAACGGGUAAUCCGAAAUUUCACAUGCAAGUAUUUAAGGGAUUACAGUCUCUACUUAGCUCUCAAGCAGUAUCGCCUACUGCUCAACAAAUGUCUGGACAAGCAAUUCGAUCGCUUUUGCCAUCAAUUCCAAAUGUUCCACUAAAUUUUAUCGAUCCAACAUUGGCCCUUUUAAAAAGUCCACACAUUCAAGUUCAGUACGAAGGAUAUGAGAUUCUUAAAGAGCUUAUUACACGACCGCCUCUACAAGAUCUCCUUUUGACGCAAUUGAUUGCAAUACUUUGUAACAUUGUAGAUGACAAAACAGAUGACGUAUCUGAUGAUCGACAUCGUAGAACCAAAUCGGAUCAAAAGGGCCUUGUUGGUCAAUGGAAUGAAAUAUCUGUAGAAGAGCAAAAGGAAAAACAGGUCAUCAUGUCUGGAUAUAUUCAACAGGCAUAUGUCGCAAAACUUUUGGGGAUUGUGGCAGCCACUGACAAAGAGCUAGCUGAACGUAUGGUGCAGCUUCAGCUGAUUAGGGGUUUAUUAAAUGUAGUUGCGAAUAUUAGCCAUCCUGAAAGCCAGAAAUAUGCAACCAACACUCUUUUGUAUUUUGUUUCAAGCAUUGACUAUGUUGGCGCUUUUUUGAAAGAACACAUGGGAUCAAACUUUUUUGACUUGCUCGAGAAUCGACCAGAUACAUUUUAUCGAGAGCUUACCAAAGAACAAGUGCGAUAUUUGCGAAGGAAUACAUUUAAAAUCAAAAGGGUUAAUAGUCGACACUCGCUUGCAAGUUCGGGCUCGGGAUCAGAAAGUUCUGAUGAUGAGUCGGGACAAAAAACAGGCAGACACAGUGGAUACUCCAAAAAGGACAUUGCAUCAUUUCCGUCUACAAAUGCACAAAAAGAGCAAAAGCUAGUUGAAAAUUUCUAUGCUCCAAAUGUGGAAACCAAGGCAAACCAAGAAACCAUUAUGGACGGUUACGAAAAUACUGAUAUAGGUGCUGGCAAUGCUCCACCGAUUGAAAAUCUAUAUACCCCAUUUUUACAAGCGACUACCAAAACUACGUUUGCAGGAAAUAAAUACGCUACGGGUGUAUCUUUAAAUGAAGGAACUAAAGUGUUUUCCACAGAACUCGAUAAAUUCCGGGUCACUGCAUUCAAGAACAAGAAACGAGAUGGUAAAAAGGAAUUCGAAGCAACGUAUCAAGAUGAGAUGCAAGCACGUUUAACAAACAUGAAAACGGAUCCAAAACUAUUCAGCAAAGAAAUGGCAAUUAAUGGUGAUAUGGAGCGCAAACGUGUGCCCAUGCCAAGACCCAAAUCCAAAAAAGAUGCAGAUCGAAUCUCAAAGUGUGGUGCAUUAAUCCCACUUUCACCUAAUCCAGAAGACCCUACAAAUGUCAAUUUUCUUUUGGAUAUACCAAAUCCAGAUCAAUCUCAAAAUAUAGAAAAUGAUCUGAACAACAGCGGGGAGACUCAAGAGCCGUUUAAUGAAACGGCAUCAUUAUUGGAAAUAUCUGGAAAGCAAGAUUUUUUUCCAGAAGAAGUAAUCGAAACACCGUAUGAACAUCACUACUCGUCAGGAAAUAUAUCAUAUCGAUCAUCACUGUCAUCAAAUGCUAGUGAUGGUGAUGACGAAAUUAUUGGAGAAGAGCAAGAUUAUUUCGUAGCACUUGUUCAUCCAGAACAUGUCGAAGAGGCUGUUGGUGAUGUGAUCAAAGAGACUAUUGAUGAUGUGGUCGAAGAAGAAGAAGAAGCCACAGAAGUAGUAUAA